AUGCAGACGCCACAGCCCAUCCCUGACCGUCCCACCCCCACCCGGGACUCUGUUGUGGAAAAAGAAGAUGAGUUCCCCUGGACUUUGGACAUCUGCAGCGAGGGAACUCCCCAGGCCACUGGGUUCUUUGAAGUAAUGGUAGCUGGGAAGUUGAUUCACUCUAAGAAGAAAGGUGAUGGCUACGUGGACACAGAAAACAAGUUUCUGAAGCUGGCGGCUGCCAUCAAAGCUGCCUUGGCUCAGGGCUAAUGUGCCCUGAAGGCAGAGUCCAGGGACCUUGACCCAGCUCCUCUCAGCAGAUGCUUCAUGAC